GCAGAGCACCGCCUCUCCUCCUUCCCCCUCCUCCCCCGCGCGCGGCCAUGGCGCCUCUCUCCACCGCCGUCCGCCUCCUGCGCUCCCCCGCGGCUCCGCCCGCCCGCCUCGCAGGGGCGCCAGCGCGCGUCCGAGGCGGCCGCCGCAGGCUCCGGUCGGUGCGCGCGGAGGCGGCCAAGGAGGCGGAGGUGGGGGAGCUCAGGGCCGGGGUGUCCGUCUACAAGCCGCGCUCCUACGAGGUGCUCGUCUCCGACGCCGCCCGCUCCCUCGCCGCCGCCAUCGACGACGGCAGGACCCGCCUCGAGAUCGAGUUCCCGCCUCUGCCCAGCAGCAUCUCUUCUUACAAGGGGUCUUCGGACGAGUUCAUCGAUGCCAACGUCCAGCUCGCUCUCGCCGUCGUAAGGGACCUCAAAAAGCUCAAGGGGACUCGGUCCUGCAUAGUGUUUCCUGAUCAACCGGAGAAGCGAAGGGCCUCGCAGAUAUUCAAAACAGCUAUAGAUCAGAUCGAGGGUAUAUCCAUCAGUUCGUUGGACGAUCUGCCCACCGGGCCUGUCGAUACCUUCUUCAAAUCGAUAAGAAGUACCCUUGAUUUCGAUUUUGCUGACGACAACGAAGAUCAAUGGAAGUCUGAUGAACCACCAUCACUAUAUAUCUUUAUCAACAGCAGCACGGGUGACCUUUCAUCUAUAGAGAAGUAUGUGGACCAAUUUGCUGCCUCUGUACCUGCUGUUCUCUUUAACCUUGAACUAGAUACCUUGCGUUCUGACCUGGGGCUUCUGGGAUUCCCCCCAAAAGAUUUGCAUUACCGGUUUCUUUCUCAGUUUACCCCAGUAUUUUAUAUCAGACAGCGUGACUACUCGAAGACAAUUGCGGUCACUCCAUACAUAGUGAACUACAGUGGCGCUGUCUUCCGUCAGUACCCAGGGCCCUGGCAAGUCAUGCUUAAGCAGGGUGAUGGUUCCUAUGCAUGUGUUGCAGAGAGUGCAUCUCGGUUCACUUUGGGGCAGGCCAAGGAUGAACUAUUGAGAGUUCUCGGUUUGCAAGAAGAGGUAGGCAGCCAGCUUGAAUUCCUCAGAAGAGGAUACAAGAAUGCCACUUGGUGGGAAGAGAAUUUCGAUCAGGAGAAAUCGCCCGCGUGGCGAACUUGAGACGCCAGUCUGACUGGCAAAUGGAGACACAUAGGCCAAACCGCCAAAGCAUGUUCAUAUAGUCCCUUGAAAACAGAGUGUUCAUGCAUCCUGAGCUGAUGAUGCAACUGAAAUUACAGAAAGAAGCGCACACACCAAUGUCAUAGUCAUGCAGUGUGGGCAUUGCCUGUGCUGCAACUGCGCCAUCUGAUAUAGUUCUGAGGGGAAAUUCUCCUCAGCAUUUUUGGUGAUUAUGUGCUGAGUACAAGUGUAAUGCAUGCGACUCUAAUAUUGCAGUGUAUCUGGCAACUUACAAGCAGCUGUUGAUGAAAAAAUGCAUUUUGAUUUCUUAA